GCUACGGUAUGAAAGAACACCGAUUUUCAAUGAAAUGCACCAAGUUUACGAUAUGGCUGGAACCUGCAAGGCAUCUUCUUAGUGCUCUCAAGAUAGGCAUCAAAGUAUCGCAUCUUAGUCAGAGCCAUAAAAGGGGCGCCCACGCACCGUUAGGUACCUGAACGCCCUUGCCAAUUCUUACAAGUGGCCCCGGCUGCUGAGGCCGAGUCCACCGCCUCAUUUUCAGCAGACAUCGUCACCGCCCUCGGCCCUGAGAAUUGCGCUUCAAGAACUCGCACCGGUACCGACAGUCAGCCGGACUUCCCAGAUCAACGCCGUUUUCCUCAUCGGAGCAAAUCCCCGCCUCGGUGCCCGCUCUCCGGGAACUGCAAGAGCCAACGGCCAGCGCGUUGGAUGCCCAAGAAUCGGUAAUUUGACGGGCCGGGAUCUUGGAUUUGGCAGCGGAAGUUAGGUCCAUCAGAUCACGCCCAGCCAGCCCAGCAAAGAGGCGCGAGGCGUCUCCGUCGCUCCAUCUCGAUACAAACGAGACACGCAGAUAAUCCACGGCCAAACGGGGCCGCGUUGUCGAGAUUACAAAAUCUAGUUUUUAUUCGCCGCCUUGCGGCACACUUGCGUUACCAGUUGCUGCUUCGAACCCCGACCGCAUGCCCGCCGCCGCCAGCACUCCUACGUCGUCGCUCGCUCACCACCACCAUCAACCCCCACCGCUGCCCGCCCGCUCCUUAUUCUCUUCCGUUCCGGUGACGUCGCCUCUGUGUCCAUUGGGGACACCAUCCCACACACGAAGAUGAAUGGUGAUUUGAGUUUGUCUCGGGCCCUGGGCGGUCUACGGAUUGCCAAUCCCGAUGAUUCCCCAAACCCCUCACGGGACGCAUCGAACGACCCCCAUGAUUCCCCCGAGCCCCAGCAACAGCAGGAGUACAGCUACCGGCAGCAACAACCACAGCAACACCAUCAACAGCAACAAUUACCAAUGCCGAGCCCUCUAACUCCGGAUACCGCAGAGCCUACACCUCCUCGCACUCCGCACGACACACUCGACUAUCAAUCGACGGCCAGGAACUCGCCCUCCCGACCGCCGCACACGUACGAGUCUGCCGCCGCCAUUCUCAAGACCGCGCAGAAUAACUUGAACGCGGCCAGAGGCCCAGGCAACUCGGCUGCCUCGAGCGACCCAUUCCUGGCGGAAAGAUAUGCAAACUAUCAGUCUUCCAGUGGAGGACGCUCGCCGGGUCCAGGUGUUAUCGGAGGUCCAGCUGUGUCACCUGAGGCUGGGCCUGGGCAUGGACCUGACCAGCAAGCAACACCCUAUGCUGACCCGGGGAACGAGCCCAGAUCUGACCAGCACAACCCAACUUAUAUCCCAUCACGCGAGCCAAGUCGUUCCCAACGCCCGGCUCCAAGUCCUAGCCAGUCUGGGAACGGUAUGAUGCCCCCUAGGAGGAGCUCCCAGGGCAUGGGCACCACAUACGCCCCCAUCGCGGGUAUUCCCCACGCGCCACCCGGGAGUUAUGUGCAGGACAUGCCGCCAAUAGCCAGCAGUGAAGAAUGGAAAGACAAAGGCGCCGCCGUCAGUCUCAGACGGGAGGUUGACGCCGAGGGAAGGACAGUGAUCAAGUCUGUCAAGAAGGGAGUUAGAGACUUCUCGUUUGGCAGAAUACUUGGUGAGGGGUCCUACAGCACCGUCUAUUUCGCCACCGAUCGCCAAACCCUGCGAGAGUACGCCAUCAAGGUGCUGGAGAAGAAACACAUCAUCAAGGAGAAGAAGAUCAAAUACGUCAACAUUGAAAAGAACACGCUCAACCGACUGACGGAUCAUCCGGGUAUCGUUCGGCUUUACUAUACGUUUCAGGACGAGGCGUCGCUCUACUAUGUUUUGGACUUGUGCAAUGGGGGAGAGUUGUUGGGUGUCCUCAAGAAGACGGGGACGUUCGACGUGGAGUGCACGAGGUUUUACGGCGCUCAGAUUCUGGAUGCCAUUGCUUACAUGCAUUCGAGAGGUGUCAUCCACCGCGACCUCAAACCCGAAAACGUGCUACUCGAUGACCAGAUGCAUGUGAAAAUUACCGACUUCGGCACCGCAAAGCUCUUACCAGACCCCCGCGAACCCAGGCCUCCAGAAGACUCUAGCCAAGGUGGCAUGUCUGAUGGGCAAAAGGCCACCUCUUUUGUGGGCACGGCAGAGUAUGUGAGUCCCGAGCUCUUGACAGAUAAGUCUGCAGGGAAGCCCAGUGACUUGUGGGCGUUCGGGUGCAUCAUCUACCAGCUUCUCGUGGGCCGACCGCCCUUCAAGGGCGCUACCGAGUAUUUGACGUUUCAAAGGAUCGUCGCCUUGGAUUACGAGUUUCCCCCUGGAUUCCCACCCGCCGCGCGCGAUCUGGUAGAGAGAUGCUUGGUCCUUGAUCCAAACCGACGUCUCACGGUGGAACACAUCAAGAACCACGAGUUCUUUGAUGGACAGCAGUUCGGCAAGGAGCUGUGGAGGAUGAAAGCCCCGCGUUUGAGGCCAUAUGUACCGCCUGCUCAAGAACCCAACAUUAUUCAACUCAAUGGCGGGAUGGGCGGGAGCCCCAAGAAGCCACAACCAGCUCAGUCGCGAAGUCCUCAAGGGCAAUCGAAUGGCCAGAGACCAGCCAGGAUUAUUACCGAGUUGCCACCGCCAACGCAGCUUGAUAUCGAAUGGUCGCCAGUUCUGACUAGAAAUAACGAACGGAUAUUGAAAUUAGGCGACCUGAUGGUGAUAUCCUCCCCAAUUCCAAACAGCCCUCACGGGAGAGGCGAGGGCGAUGGUCACAAGAAGCUGUCUCGCUUCUUUGGUGGCAGCACCACCAAGAAACGUCAACGGCUUGUCAUGAUCACGUCGAGCGGACGCAUCGUGCUCUGCCCGGCUGGUGGUGAAGAGAAACGAUCGAAACAGGAGAUCUCGCUUCUGGCACCAGACUGUGCGUGGAGAAGUCAGUUGGACGCCAAAGGGCAAAUGGUUUGGUGUGUCGAUACGAACGGUAUCCAUUAUCAAUUCGAGGAGCCAAAGUCGUCCCAGACUGAAGGGUCCAAAUUUUCGGUAAACGAUUGGAUUGACUCGCUUCAGCGGGCAAAGGACCUUGCCCUCUCGCAGAACCUAAGCGGCGAGAAUGGAUUUGGUGACAUGUCGUCCUCCAUGUCGAGCCCAGCGAGCACAAUGGGUGGUAGAGCCACCUUUCCCGAGGGAUACAGCAUCAGCGACAGAUCCGGGCGCAACCAGCUCAGCAAGAGCCAAGGCAGCUUGGAAGAUCCGACACAUGUGAAGCGCAACCGGUUCAGCAAGCGUCAGUCAAAGAAUGGACUAGGGGCAGCUUUCUAG